AUGGAUAAAGUUGAUAAGGUGCUUAAAAAACAAUUAAGAACUGAUGAACCUAAGACAGGAGCUCGCGUAUGCAGCUGUCACUUUGUAGAGGGUAAAAAAGAAAAUGGACCAACAAUCCUCCCCCAUCGUCCUCAUCAGUUUGGUACACAUCACUUGACACCUGAGAAAAAAAGAUUUCGUAAAACCACACAAACUAUAUCACAUAAUAUGCUAGAUAUUAUGGCAGACAAUGAAGUUUUGUGUGAGAACAGUGACAAAAUUAAUCCAAUUGAAUAUGAAAUUAAUAAUGAUGUACUAGAUUUAUCAUUGAAACCAAUAUUGAAUUCAAGCAUCAAUAAAGAAGAUCAAAUACUCAUAACCUUAAUGAAGUUGAGGCAUAAUUUUCCACAUUUUGAUCUAGCAGUCAGAUUUAACUGUAGUAGUGCUACUAUCACAAAUAUUGUUAUAACGUGGAUUAAUAUUUUACAUCAAGUAUUGUUCAAAAAAUGCAUGAGUAAAAUACCAUUUAGAGAAAAAAAUAAAUUGUGUAUGCCCAAUGCAUUCAAACCAUUUUUAAAUUGCCGAAUUGUUAUUGAUUGCACUGAGAUUUUUACUGCUGUUUCUCGCCAAUCUAUGAAUAUCCAAAAAGACACAUACAGCAAUUAUAAACACAGGAAUACUUGGAAAGCUUUGAUUGGAAUCGCUCCAAACGGUGUAGUUACAUUUGUGAGUAAAUUAUUCCCUGGGUCAACUUCUGAUAAAGUGAUAACUUUAAAAAGUGGACUUUUGGAACAGCUAGUUCCAGGUGAUCUAAUUCUAGCAGAUAAAGGGUUUCUAAUUAGAGAUAUAUUACCACCAGGAGUAUCAUUGAAUAUCCCUCCAUUUUUAGACACUCCACAAUUUACUCCUGAUCAAGUAGUACAGACUGAAACAAUAGCAAAAGCUAGGAUACAUAUUGAAAGAGCAAUUCAAAGAAUUAAAUGCUACUCAAUACUAGAUGUUAUUCCUUUUUCGAUGCUUAAACAAGCAGAAAGUAUUUUUCAAGUGGUUGCGGCGUUAACAAAUUUGCAGCCUCCACUUAUUAAAGAAAUUCAAAACCACAUGUGA